AUGGACGAAGUAGUGCAUGCUGCUCAGGAGGUGAGGAUGGAUUGGGAUCGGACGGUUGAUCAACUCAAAGAACAUGUCAAAGCAAUUGAGAAAUGUGGAGGCUCAGGGAAAGGAACGGAGGAAGCUAAUACCCUCCCUAGAUUGAAUGGUGCUGCUCGGGAUGGCCUGGCUCAGCUCAGGUCGUUGCAGUUCAAGCUUGAUCUUCUUGCCCAGCAGCUGCCCACUGAAGAAGAAGUGCAAAUCGCUCUGUCAAUCUUGGACUAUUGGAAGGAGCAACAUGAAAGGUUUGAUCCCUCCCCUUCUUCUCGUUCUGCUGCUUUCUUUCGGGUAAUUGACUGCUAAAAUUUUCCCCUUCUCUCUGAAUUAAGGGUUUAAUUUUUAAUAUGUCUAUUAAUUUAUGAUACAUAUUUACUUAUUUCCAUGUUUCUAGUUUGAGAGUCAGUCUGAGGAAUGCCAAUCUUCAAGCGAAAGCAAAUAUUCGGAAAGCUGCCCAAGCAGAGGUGAGGAUAAUUGUAGAUAAGGAUUCGAUCUAAGUAGGGUUGCAAUUGCAUAUCCCGGUGGUUUUAUAAGAGCUUGGUAUUUAAUAUUUGCAAUUACUGAAGGUAUGUGAACUUGGAAAGGUUGCUUUUUUAUUCCAUUUUACAGUUCAGGCGAUGGAAAAUACGUGGUGGAUUCCCUAGAAAAUUUACUUGAACUCGAUGGAUUGUGUGCAUUAUUUUUUCCUCUUUUAGGUUUUCCCUUUUUGUUGAUUUUUUUCAUUUUUUCUUUCUGUAUCGAUCACUUAACAGAUUUUCGUUUUCCACAUGCAGAGAGAGCUUCUUCUAGGAGGUGGGGAAGAGUCUACUAUCCGAAGGCGAAACUUGCAGUAUGCGACUCAUCCUAUUUUUAUAUGAAUUAUGGACUGAAAUUUCAACGCUAAACCUUUUUGUCAGUGAAGAAUCAGAGAACAACAUAAAUUGUACUCGAGCUGGUUAUUGCGAGCUCAUUUCGGUUUUGGGUUUGUCCAAGAACCAUACUUUUCAGAAAACCUAUUGCUGCUCUGAAACAUUUCCAUAAAAUAUAAGAAAAUGUUAGAAUUAUGUAUGACUGGUCGCUAUGGACCAAUGUUCCAUACUUUCUCAACGGAGGACCCCUGUUUCUUUCUUUCUCUAUUUUCUUCCUCACCUCGUUCAAAACGAAGCAAACGGCCAGAAAGCUUGUUCCAUCUGGGGUGGAACAGCAGUGGCAGGCUCCUCCUUUGUCUUGCUUUCCCCUGAUUGUCAGUAUAGCAGCAAUCCCCGUGUCUUCUUCCCUGCUUGCUUCUCCUCAUGUGUUGAUACGGCUUGUUGAAAGGCAUGCUGUCAAUGCCGCGAUAGUAGUUCAUACUCUUCUUGCUUCUUUUAUUUAGAGAGAGAUUUUCUGCUCUGUGCAGUGGACUUUGCCGCAGCUUUCCCCAUAUCCAAAUUCCCUGUCUCCCUCUGUUUCUCCAUUCAUUUGUCUGUUUAAUACGUUUGAUGUAAAUUUCAAUCAAGAACAAACAGCCUCGUAGAUGCAUUGAAUUUAUCUGGGCCAACCCCUUUUCCUGGUUCUAUCCCUACUCUAGUUUUUAAACCAUCAGUUUGCCCGCCGUCUAUAAAGUAAACUGCAAUGUGUUGUUAUAUCACCUUCACCCAAAAAAAAAAAAAAAAUCAUCGUAGGAACGCAUUUACUUGAAAGUAUUGUUGUAUCAUUUGCUUGCAUUAUUUAAAUUUCCUAGUCGCAUUGAAAAAAAGUCACAAAGUACAAUAUUUCGUCGAUUGAAAAGUAUUCAAAGAAGACGCCCCUGUCAUCUGCAUGUUUUGACAAGGUAAUUACAGUAUCUAUGUUUGGGUUCUCAGUCAAACAUCUCUACUAUCCCCAGGACAAAGGUUGGGAUGACGGCUGCUGCAGAGGGCAUCACGGAGAGCCUUCGCCGCUCUCGACAGUUGAUGGUCCAGGUAAUGUGGUGUAUCAGCUUCGCAAUUUGAACGUUGACCAGUUUUGUUCUUAAUUUUUAGCGUUGAAAACUAUGAUUUUGACCGCUGUUCAUACCGAUUCGAAAUCUGGCGCAUCUUUCCAGGAGGUGGAAAGGGGUACGAGUACGUUGAUGACUUUUGGUAUGUUCUUACUUUGCAAUGAGUCCUCUCUCUCUCUCUCUCUCUCUCUCUCUCUCUCUCUCUCUCUCUCUCUCUCUAGGCGAACCCACCCUUCAGCUCUGUGCGUCAACCCUCUCCAUGGAUCCAAAUCCCUUCGCCAAGAUAGCCCGGCUCAUCCUGUAUUUUGAUCCGAGAUCAUAGAAGAAUCCAUUUGUUAAGAUUUCGUUUCUUGAUUUUAGAGGAAUCUACGAGUGUGCUGAAGAAGGCAGAGAGCGAAUACAAAGGGCAUCGCUCUCUGCUGAUGCGGACUCGGAAUCUUCUCACCACAAUGCAACGUCAGGAUGUCCUGGACAGGUCAAGAACCCUAAUCCUUCGAGCUCGCCCGGAUAGUACCUUCCUCUUUUUUCUUCUUUUUUUUUUCUGACAGAGGAGUUCUUCCUGCUGCUGAGACAGGGUGAUCCUCGCGGUGGGGUUUCUGUUAUUCUCUGCAGCCGUUCUCUACGUCGUCUCCAAGCGGAUCGGGCUGCUCAAGCUGCAGAGGAAGGUGACCGCCGCCGUUAAGGCCGGCGCGGUGGGACCCGAAGGAAUGCGAGACGCCGGCGCCGGGAGGGAUCUUCUUCCUCGCGAGGAAAUUCCUGCCCCCAACAUGCACGACGAGCUCUGA